UGUAUCGAUAUACACACAAAUUGCAACAAACGCGCUCACUCCCAAACUCACUCCAAAAUGACACGAAACGACGUCGACAGCAAGCCGGAGAUAGUUUCGCCGGCGACUCGGAUCUCCGCUCCGACCACCACGUUCAGCCCUAACGCCAGCAUCUUAGACCUCAUUCUCAAGCUCCGAUCGUGCUUCCAACUCAAAGACUCUGAAGAAGUUGCUAAUAUCUUACAAUGUCGCGAAGAUAAACUGAAGCAGAACAUAACGGAUCUCAAGAACCGAGAAGACAAGUUGAAUAUGCACAAUAUUGAGCUUAAGAGCCAGUUACAAGCCCUAAUUGAGAAAUGCGCGUCUUUAGAGACGAGGCGCGAGAAAUUCGCGGGAGAAAAGGGGGAAAUUGAAAGUGAAUUGAAGAAAUACAAAGUGGAGUGUGAAGGUUAUAAGGAUAAGAAUCAUUUGGUGAAGUAUGAGUUGGAGAAGGUGCGGUUAGAUUUGAAGAUGUUGAAGGAGAGAGAGGAGAUGAGUGUGGAGAGGUAUGAAAGGCGGAUUGUUGAGUUGGAGAAGGAGGGGAAGGAGGAGAGGGAGAGGUUACAUGUCGAGGUUGUGAAAUUGAGGGAGGAGUUGGAGAAUGAGAGAGUGAAGGGGAGGGAGGAGUUGGAGAAGGAGAGAGUGAAGGGGAGGGAGGAGUUGGACAAGGAGAGGGUGAAGGGGAGGGAGGAGGUGGAGAAGGUGAGGGGAGAGGUUGCGGGUUUGAUUGAGGGAAAGAGGAAGGCGGAGGAGUCGGCUAGGUGUUGGAAGAUGAGGUAUGAGAAAUGUUAUCCGAGGGUUGUGAAAUUGGAGGAGGAGUUGUUGGUGAUGCUCGGGAAUGAUCCGGUUUUGGGGAAGGCUGUGGAGAAGUGGAUUCGUAGUCCUCCGGUGAUUAAUACAAAAUCAGCAGGCAAUCCGGAGUUGGUUGAGCGUAAAAAGCAGAGUAAUGUAUCUAAAUGUAAUGAGAAUACUCAUGCAUCACCUUGUGUUGCCUCUAGUGCAGAUUUACCAAUGGUUGACAUCAUUGGUCCUGCAGAGACAGCAGGUCCGAAUUCCUCUAUCAUGGCCCGUGCAAAGAGAAGGCCUACACAAGAUCAGGAGGUUAUUAAGAUUGAUGAUAGUGAUGAUGAAAGCCCUAUAGUUGAAACAGCUUCUGCUUCGAAGACUGAUAAAGGUUAUGGGAGAAGUUUUGAGAAGGACCCUGUCUCUCAAUCAAUUUCCAAGGGAAAGCAUCUAUCAGUCUGCACCCAGAAUUAUGGUGAUGCUGAUGGUAGAAAUAAGAAUAAGAAGCGCAAAUUGGAUUCACCUUUUCCAGACAAGGCAGAAAAUAGCUCUGAUUCUAGUGACGAGAGUAUAACUACUGUGGCCAUUGAAAAAUUGCUUUCCAAGAUCCCAAAAAACAAACCUUUCAAUUUCGACGUUGAUAUGCUUGCUGCAUUUGACAAAGAUGAUGAGCUCUGCUUGCAUGCUGUUUGUGCUCUUCAUAGACUGGAAAAAUGCGAUAAGCUUCCACAAUCUCAAGGAUUCAGUGCUAUUGAUGCUACUAGGGGAUCUCAUUUGGCCAAGUUCCUUACUAACGGGGAUCCAAAAGGCAAGCUACAAAAAUCUGUCGAUGAGUUGCAGCAAUAUGACUCCAAAGGCAUCGACGAGUGCCGAAAACUAGCAAGGAAUUACUACAGGCAACUAUUCCAGAUGUACAAAAAGGAGGAAGACCCCCUCUUUAAGGAGUAUAUGUUUAAGAAAUAUCCCAAAAAGUCAAUGUCUUGAGCUUCGGGAUCAGAAUUCUUUUGUGGUUGUUGAAGACCUUCUAAGAACCAACCUUUAGAAACCCAUCAGAGAGGGUGUAAGUUGUGACUUGUAUAUUUUGCAAUAGCAGGAGGCCGUCGUAACUAUGUCUGUUCUUACCAACUCUAAUUCCGGCCAAGUAAACACUAUAUCUAAUCUAACUCUAUAAGAUCGUAGAGAACUGUAUAUUAGUAGCAAGACUUGUAUAACAAUGGUUCGCAUUGCUAAAUAGUAAUAUAUUAUGGGAUCAGAUUAUAUUUUAA